AUGCAACAGCUGGCCGGCGGGGAACAGGAUGCCUUAGAGGGGGGCGCACGAGAUGAGGAAGACCAGGGGCGGAGGCUGGCCACCGACCGGCCACCCACGAGUGAAGCUGUGCAAAGCAGAUGCGACGGAAGUCUAAAUUUCAGUGAUCUCAAGUGGAAUAACAUGAAAAUGCUGACCGUGUUUUAUUUACUGCUGAUCCUCACAGUGGGGCGAUGCUCAGAUGAUCUGAACUUUGACAUGAAGACUGUUGGUGUUGGAGAUGAUGUGAAUUUGACGUGUGCACGCCAGAAAUCGUCAGGGCAAGGAACAUUGUUUUGGAUUAGACUAGUUUCUGGAAACUUUCUUAAAUUCCUGGGAGGAACAUAUUCCUUUGAUUAUAUAGGUGUUAACAAGACUCCUCACAUGACAACAAAACAAGAACCUGGAACAUUUCUUCUGCAAAUUCAUGAGACAAGGCUCAGUGAUACUGGACUUUACUACUGUAUAAAAAUAAAACAACUAGAAAUGACAUUUUUGAAUGGAACAUUUCUGAGGAUUAAAGGACCAGAACCUAAUAUUACUGCCGUCAUUCAAGUCCCUCCAUCUGAUCCAGUCCGUCCAGGAGAUUCAGUGACUCUGCAAUCUUUAGUCCUCUCUGACUCUGAGAAUAAAACCUGUCCAGGAGAACAUGCCUUCAACAGGCAGGAACCAGUUCUGUUUCUGUUGUGUGCUGCUUUGGCUCUGAGUCUGAUCGUCAUUGCCUUCCUGAUUUACAACAUCAAGAACAAAUCUGGUGGUUUUUGUAAUGCUGCUGCUGCUCUGGAAACAAAUGCUGCAACAGCUAGCGAUCAGCAAAUUCAGCAGAGAGAUGAAGACCAUUUGACUUAUGCUGCACCGACCUUCACCAAGAGGAAAGCUGGCAAAGCAGAGAGAAGGAAUAUAAAAACAGAAGAGGAAGAAACAAUCUACUCUGGUGUCAGGACUUUUGGGACAGAUUAACAUGGAUUAAUAUCAUUUUAAUCCUGAACAUUGUGGAAAAUAUUCUGCUUCACAUCAAUAUUUGCAUCUGAUAUUAGUAAGUAAUAAGUAACAUUUUAUUUGGAUGGACUAAAAUAUAAUUUUAAUAAUUAUAGUUUGUUUGAACUGUUUGAAAUCAAUGUAUGACCAUACCAAUGUAU